AUGAUCCACAUCAUCGUUGUCAUCGGUUUCUCGCUCAUUUCUGUCGUUUUUAUUGUGCCAAUGUGCAACAAAUCGAAAAAAGCGAAAAACAACUCGUCGAACAAAGCGAAAAUGUCGGCGAUUUCGACGGGCGAGAAGGCGCCGCCACCACCCCCCGGAACGGUCACCCCACCAAUUCCAACAGACACUCCUACCCAACAAACACCGAAAAAUGAAAAAGAUGAAAAUAAUAAAGUUGAGAGUAAUAAUAAGAACGAAGGAGGUGGUGGUGAGGAAAAAGUGGUAAAAGAAGAAAACAAAGCGGAGAAGGAAACAGUGAAAAAGGAGGAACCGGAGAAGAAGGAAGAAGCGAAGAAAAAGUCGAAAGAGCACGUGAAAAAGGAAUCUGGAGGAGGGGCUGGAGGAGAUGGAGGAGGACAGAAGGAAGAGGUGAAAGAGGCUAGUGAUGAGAAGAAUAAAGAGAAGAAGGAACCCGCUGAAGCAGCACCACCAAAAACCAAAUCGACUCGAAAGGAUGCAAAAUCGCAAAGAGACAACAAAGACGAUGAAGUGACACCGAAGGAAAUCGAGAAGGAUGGAGGAGAAGUAGUGAAAACAGAGGAGCAGGGAGAUGGAGCAAAGACCAAGGAGUCUGAAAUGACAGAAGCGAAAAAGGAGAUUCUGAAAGAAGAUGACACGUUGAGAGAUACGAAAUCAAUUGGGAAGAAAGGGAAAAAGAAGUGA